AGACACACAACAUCUGUCCCCUGUCCAAGAAACAGCUGAGAUACGAUGCUGAGACCAACGAGCUGAUCAACGAGGAGCUUGGCAUCGCGUAUCCCAUCCUGGACGGUAUCCCCAACAUGAUCCCCACGGAGGCCCGACUCCUUCAGAAAGACGCCUCGACCGCCGAGUAGAAGUCGUCCUGGACACUAACUGUGUCGCCUUCUGCCUGAAAGCUUGUGUAUCACCUCACUGAUAUUGAAUCAACCCCACGGUGUUGUCCAAACCCGUCCGUGAGCAUGUUCUCUCUGUCCAUGAUGGUGGGACUGGUCCCCAUCGUGUCCCUCUUCGGUUUGUUCUACUCGGCCGCGGUGGACGAGAACUUCCCUCAGGGCUGCACCAGCAGCAGCAGCCUGUGUUUCUACAGCCUGCUGCUGCCCGUCACCAUCCCCGUCUACGUCUUCUUCCACCUCUGGAGCUGGAUCGGCAUCAAGCUCUUCAGACACAACUAGGCUCCACCUUGUUUUUAAAGCAGAAAUAUAAUAACCAGCAAUAAUAUAUACAGAUAUCUGCUGGAUCGUGUGUUGCAGAACUUUGUUUAAGCAGAAAUAAAUGAUUGAUGUUAUUUGUGUAUGUUAAUAGAUGUAAUCGCUGCUUGGGAGGUGAAUAAAGAAAACAGGUAGAACAUGAAA